UUUUUUCCAUGCAUUGACAUUAUCCCCAUCGUCCAAAAUACAAUAUGAAAACUGUCUUCACCAAUGGCCUUAUCGUCCGAGGCAACGGGAGCUCGCAAUCUGAGCCCGUCCUGGGCUGCAUGGUCGUCGAAGACGACAAGAUCGCAUACAUAGGCGCUGAGAACGACGAGCCCGUCGCACAGGCAACACAAGCUCCAGGCGUCGAGAUUGUAGACUUGCAAAGGCGAACCGUUAUCCCAGGGUUUAUUGAUGGACACAUGCACCUCCUCCUCUUCGGCGCGGGGCUCUCCAAAAUCGACCUCGGACACUGCAAAUCCCUCUCCGACAUCCGCGCGACCAUCAAGGCCGCCGCCGCACAGCGCCCGCACGCCCCCGUCUCUUCUGCAGCGGACGGCCAAGCGCUAGCCAGCAUGCUCGACGAUCUCGACCCGCGGCCCAUCUUCAUCGACUCCAAGGACCUGCACAGCGCGUGGUGCAACACCGCCGCGCUGCGCGAGCUCGGCGUCGCGGACACGCCCGACCCAGCGGGCGGGAUCAUCCACCGCGGAGAAGAUGGCACGCCGAGCGGGUUACUCUCCGAGGCGGCGGCGGUGAAUAUCGUGUGGCCGCAUGUGGCGCGGGUCGCGACGGCGGAGGAGAAGAUGGGGUUUGUGCGGAGUGCGAUGGCGACGGACGAGAACGUGUGGGGGACGAUGCUGGCGCUGCGACAGACAGAAAAUGCGGUGUCGCUGCGGCUGGCGGCGCAUUGGAUCAUUACCCCCGCGGCGACGGUGGACGAGUGUCUGGCGCAGGUGGACCGCGCGAUCGAGCUGCAUGCGGUGUACAAUGCGACCUCGUCGCCGGAUUUCCGCAUCGCGGGGAUCAAGGUCAUUUGCGAUGGGGUGGUGGAUGCGUGCACGGCGGCGCUGCUGCAGCCGUAUGCUGCGCAGGCUGCUGGUGAUGGGCAGGUGAACUGCGAGCCGCUGUGGCCGGCCGACAUGCUGCGGGCCGUAGUGGCCAAGGCGGACGCAGCGGGCCUGCAAUGCGCGCUGCAUGCGAUUGGCGACGCGACGGUGCGGCUGGCGAUUGACACGCUGGCGGCGGUGGGCACGCCCGGCCGGCGCCAUCGCAUCGAGCACCUGGAGCUGACGGCGCCCGAGGACGCGGCGCGGCUGGGCCAGCUGGGGAUCACGGCCUCGGUGCAGCCAGUACAUGCGGACCCGGCGAUCCUGCGGGCGUGGCCGCGACUGCUGGGCGAGGAGCGGUGCGCGCGCGCAUUUGCAUAUGCCGAGUUUGCGGCCCAUCGUGCGCCGCUGGCGAUUGGGACGGACUCGCCGACGGCGCCGCAUCUGCCGCUGAGGAAUCUGUAUACGGCGACGACGCGGCGGUCGGCGCGGGAGCCGGAGUCACCCGUAGCGGUAAACCCGCAGUUCAAGCUGUCGCUGCUGCAGGCGGUUUCGGCGGCGACGGCCGGGUCGGCGUACUCGUGCUUUGCGGAUGGGUUCACGGGGAGUCUGGAGGUCGGGAAGAAGGCGGAUUUUGCGGUUGUGGAGAUGGAGUGGGAGGCCGAGAAGCUGCUCGAGGCGUCGGUGUGCGAGACAUACUUUGAUGGACGGAGGGUGUACAGCCGUUCCUAGGCAGUUGCUGACACAAGCAGUUCAUGUAGAUAUAUACCUAAAAGCCCCAUAUAUACACGUAGGAUAUCACAACUUUGGCUCGGCAAACUUCUUCACCAGCUUGUUGCAUAGCUCGCUCAGCACACCCGCAACCCACUCGAAAUCGCUCUUCUCCAGGUAAACCUGCGCACUCAGCCGGGUCCACAGCCAGCCCCCAUGCGCAAACACAGGCACAAAGGUCCCAUAGUCCCGCGCCAACGCCUUCUGUAUCUCCCCAGCAACCUCCGCGACCUGCGCAGCCUGCAGCGUCAAUCGAGCCGAGGCCUUCUUCGGGUCCUCUUCACCGCCAGACACGGCAAACGGCAGUCGCACCGUCGCCAUGGCGCAGCGGCGCAGCUGACUGACCUCUCCGGGCUUCAAGCCGGGCUCCUGCAUCACCUCUGUGCCCAGCGCCGCGGCAACAAUGUCCCCGGCCUCCAGCGCCAGCUUCUCCAGGUAAGCGUAGAUGCGAU